AUGUCCACAGAUAAUGACGACGACUGGGAGACCUCCGAUAUCGUCCCCAAAAAGAUCCUUCGCCCCACCGCAACCACAUUCAACCCCACCCCCCGCCCCCCGCCUCCUACAUGGGGCCCGCCGCAAGUCCCAGCUGGACCCUCGUAUUCAUAUCUCCCAGCCCAGCAGCAGCAGCGCGUCGCCGAUGGUGAAGAGGACGAUUGGUUUCGAGGCGAUCGGCGGUCGCUGAAUAACAGGCAAAUAUGGGACUCGGCCAAUACAAAACCAAAAACCCCUUCCAUACUCGCUCCCCAAAUCCUCCCGCAGCCCCAAGUCCAGCUCCUCCGCCGCACUCUUUCCAAUUCCUCCCCAAACUCAUCCGGCACGUCGUCCCCCGCGGGCGAAAAGGUGAAGAGCUAUGAAGAGAGACAGGAAGAGUAUCGUCUGGCGAGAGAGAGGAUAUUCGGCGCGGAGGCGGAGGCUGUAGAGGGGUCGGGAUCGAGUAAACCUGCCCCUCCCGCAUCUUUGGCCCAGAGACAACGAAGCCAAGGGAAUCAGCCUCGCCGACAAGAUUCCCCCUCCCAAACACACCAGCCAUCCCCCCAACAAUUACCGUUCGCCGGCCUCGUCCCCACCCAAGUCCGCUCUUCCCCCUCCCCAUCCUUAUCACCGAGCGCGUCGCCUUACAACUCUCGCCCGCCGACAAGAACACAUUCGAAUCCGAGCGUUGCUGGCGGGGGCGUCAUACCGAGUCAAGGUGGGGGGAGUGGGCUUGUGAGGCAGCCGAUUGGACCGGGGCAGGGAGCUGGGUUCGGCGGAACGAGUGGGUUCGGCGGGUAUGGAAGAGGGGCGUAG